AGCCAUCCUGACUCCAGAGGACGGACUUACCCAGCUGAAAGAAUGGGGCAUAAACCCGCAACUGGCUCAACACCUCGGCUCCGGGCAGACUCAGGCUGGACUGGCAUGCUGCCCCAGGCAAUCACUAAACCUUUCCCAUCAUGGCAUGAUGG